AUGGAUCUUGCAACAUUAUUUUACAAUCUUCGUGAAGAAGUGUCUUGUUCGGUGUGUUCGGACUUAUUCACGGAUCCAAAACAUCUCUCCUGUCUGCACAGUUUUUGCUUAAAGUGCCUGAAUCGAUGGUACGAAACGCGUGGCGGCGGAGACGCCAUUAAAUGCCCGAAGUGCCAAACGCUCAGCAAAGUACCUGCAAGCGGUGAUCUAAAAGAUCUUCCAACCAGCUUUAACUUGAAUGGCUUAAUCGAUGUUCUUGCUAUUAAAGAAUGCAAGAAGACUCAAGUGACAUGCCGCAACUGCGAAAAGAAGAGUUCAGAAGCGUCGUAUUGUUUCCAGUGCUGCAUUUUUUACUGCGAAGAAUGCUUAAUCGGUCAUAACAUCAUGCGAGACAAAAAGGAACACCGCAUUUUGGCAGUAAAAGAGUUCCAAGACAAGGACUAUGAGGAUGUAUUAAAACGACCAGUAUUUUGUUCAAGACAAGGACACCAGAAGAAGAAGCUGAAAUUAUUUUGCAAGGAAUGUGAAACAGCAGUUUGCCAAACUUGUGUUAUGCUAGAUCACAAUGGUCAUAAGUUGACGCUGAUCGAAGAAGAAGCUGAAAGUCGAAGGCUCGAGAUAAAAACUGUUAUUCAAACACAACGGCAAAAUUUAGACAAAAAAAUUAAAGAAGUGAUUCAACUGGAUGAAGAUUGCGCUAGAGUGAUUCAACAAAGCGAGAAUUCAAAGAAAAAUGUCCAAAGGUUUGCUGAUGGGCUGAUUAAAUUAAUUCAAGCAAAACUGCAAACAAUUAUUACCACGGUGAAAAACCAAACAGAGAAGUCACUCCAACGUUUGAGAGCAAAGAGGAGUAAGAUUCAGCAUCAGAUAAAUGUUAUUGAAUCAUCACUGGAGGAAGCUGAUAGACUGUUAAGACGAAGCACCGCCGCAGAAAUUGUUCAACGUAAAAAAUCACUACAGACAAUUUUUCAGGGUGUUGAUCAGAUGGAGCCUAUUGUUCAUGACCACAGUAGUCUGCAAGGUUUUGUUUUCGUAGAAAAUCAGAAGAUGGUCGAUAUUAUCAACGUUGAAGAAAUUGGAUUCUUGGAAGAACCUUAUCAAACACAAGCAAGUGAAUCUCUGGCUGAAGGUGAAGGACUGAAAGAAGGAACUGUUGGGCGUAAAGCUCAAUUCAAUUUGAUCACAAGAAACGCUAAAAGAAAACAGGGGUAUGAUGAGAGAGACCGUGUCACUGUAGAGAUCAAGGACGAGCAGGAACAAGAAUGCGUGACGGAAGUACGAAUACAUGAUAACAAGGAUGGAAUGUACAACAUUAGUUAUUAUCCCCGGGUUCAAGGGACAAUGAAGGUAUUAGUUAAGGUAAACUGGGAACAUAUACAUGAAAGUCCUGUUACUGUGACAGGAAGACCGUUCCAUGCCAAACCUGUUUUCUCUUUUGGACAGAAAGGCCCUGGCAAUGGUAAGUUUCACCGCCCUUAUGGGGUGGCAGUGAAUGACAUGGACGAAAUAGUAGUAGCUGACAAUUGGAAUCAUUGUGUCCAAGUGUUUGACAGUAAUGGUAAUUUUCUAAGAUCCUUUUGUCGCAGAGGAGAAAAUCCAGGAGAGUUCGACUACCCUAAUGGAAUAGCCAUUGACAAAGACCGAAAUAUUUUCAUAUCAGAAUGGGGUAACCAUAGAGUACAGAUCUUUAGUUGGGAGGGGAGGUACCUGGGUUCAUUUGGCGGCAUAGGAAGCCUCGAUAGUCAGCUCAAGUGUCCUCGGGGUUUAUCCUUAGAUAAUACUGGUAAUAUUAUUGUCGCUGAUACAGGCAACAAGCAAAUUAAGAUUUUUACUCCGGAUGGUAAGUUUGUAGUGAAGAUAGGUGGGCAAGACUGUUUUACCGUUCCUUUUCACUGUGUUGAGUGUGACGGAUUAUUAAUAGUGUUAGACCGUGCUCAAAGUUGUAUCAAAGUAUUUAAAAAGGAGGGACAGUUUCAGUACAAGUUUGGUAAGCAGGGGGAAGGGGACGGGGAGUUCAUUUAUCCACAUUUUUUGUCUGUGACUCAGUCCAAGCAUCUUUUGGUCUGUGAUCUUGGUAAUCACAGAAUACAAGUCUUCGAACUGACUGGGAAGUUUGUAGAAAAAUUCGGUACAAAAGGCAGCGAAUUAGGAGAAUUUAGUAGGCCAUUUUCAGUAGCUGUACUAAGUAACGACCACAUUGUUGUGUCUGAUUUGGGCAAUCAUCGAAUUCAAAUAUUUGAAUAAAAUCUGUCCAUUUUCGACGGAAGAAUGGCAAGCAUCUCCAUUUCCUCAACUUCUAGACUUAAUAUGAGAAAUUCAUUUUAAAUAUUACUUUUCGUACGUUCAAAGGUAUCUGUCAGCUUUGAGUCGGUUUAUUAUAUGGCUAUAAUAGCACGCGCUCUCUGAUUGGCUGUUUUUUUGUAAGGACCGGCCAUUAUUAGCUAGGGGUCCAAGGCAUAAACAUUAAUCUGUGACUUGAUAGAGGACAUCCUUAUCGAUAUCCAUGUUGUGGUCAAUUGACAGCUGUCAAAAAAUUAUGCACUGACCAGUGUCACCUGACUGUUUCGCGGGCUCAAGUGUACAACCCAUUGAGGUGACGUACUUUUUAAGUUCAUGGUUUUAAUUGAUCGCAGGCUCAGGUCCAUAAUGAAAAGGCCAAAUAAUAAACCUAGUCCGUUCGGUCAUUACAGGAAAUGUCAGACCGAGGCCUCGAUGUAUUGACGGAGCGAUAGCGAGGUCAAUAAAUCAAGGCCUCGAUCUGAGAUUUCCCUGUAAUGACCUCAUUCUCAGUUAAUAAGUAAUAUGUAUUGCUGUUGUUUCAACAUUUUUACUGGUAUAACCAACCUCGCCAGGGUCCCCAAUAGGCUGAAUAGGUUUCCUCGGGAUCCAGGAUUUAGCUUAUUUGAAAGCUGCAGGGAUUCAGGACGCAAACCUCUCAACUACAUUAUGGCGCAACACUAAGGGAGAGAAAACAAAAUAGCAACUGAAUUAAACUUUGCAAUAUAAACAAGAACAUGUGGUGAACGGUUAUUUGUGUAAUCUCGUUAUUACAGAGAUAUUAGAACCUCACUUGCCGACGAAAUGUAAGGUUAACCGUGUUAUAAGCGGAAUGCGAGAAAAGUCAUCUAAUAGGCAAAAAAUAAUAAAUUCUCCUAUGGGGAAAAAACGGUUAAACUAGAACGGGAAAGACCCUUCUAUCUUAGUUACUUCUUUUGAUAGCUAAACACAUGAUACAAUUUCUUUAUAUUAUUUUACUACAACUUACAAGUUCUAGGGGUUGCGUUCAUCAACCCCUUUUUUCCAUUUAAGCGAAAAUCAUGUAAUCAACAUUGGAAUUAGCCUACAGUUUGCAUUGUUCCAUGAGGGAAUAUUGUUAACAUGAGGGAUCCGCAAAUUCUUGUUUGUUCAGUUUUUUCCAGGUUUUUUUCCCGAUAAACAAGAACUCUUUACCUAAAGCACUUUGUUUUCUUUUAAGCAAGGAGUUUUCCCGCAUCUAUUUCUCGCCGCACGGUAUAUUGGGAAAGGUGCUCUGCACUCGUUCGUGAGGCAGAUCCUUCCCAUGAUGCCAUACGCUUUCAGUUUUACACGGCAUAGAAUCCAACCGAGCCAACUACGCGAAAGGGUUCAACUUUGCACAUGCUCUAUCCUAGUAACAUUUAUGGGUUUGGUGGAAUUCAAGGGCUCAAGGGAUAAAAAGAGUAAAAUGCCAUAAGUAGGCUAAGGGGCCACGCAAGAAAGAUUAAGCACACACUUUAAAAAGAGUAAGCAGUUUUUUCUUAAAUCUCUUUCAUACUUGUAGGUUUCAGAAACAAUCGUUUUUGCCCCAUAUUAAUUCCUAUUUUCAAAGGUUAUGCAACAGUACCAACUCUCAAAUUUUGAGCUUAGGGUUCCUUUGGUAACACAUUGUGUUUAAAUGCUGCUGACUGUGGGCCGAACACAAACGCGCGUUAAAUUCAAUUUGCAUGGAAAUUUAAGGCUGUGAUUUCCACGUUGCCGUGCCUUAGAAAAGCUUAAUCAUUAAAGUAUUAAGUAUUGUCAUUUUAUAGGCUGGCCAGUAUGGCUGUUGGGCUGGCUCGCUCCGGGUUAUGGGCUCCUGCAAAUAAUCUUCUAGGAUUUAACUUCCAAUAAAUCGAAAGCACAUUCAUCCAGUUUCAUUGCAAGUACGUACAUCGUACAUCCAUCCUUUUAUUCAGAACCACUCUUAAAAGCCUACUAUAUCAGUACUAUAUUGAGACUUGAUAAGAGAAUGAUGAUGAUGAUGGUGAUGCUUGUAAGACGAGAUGAUAAUGCGAAUGAAGAUGUAAAUAUUCGAAAUUAAGGUGUUUAUAAUGUUGGUGACUGAUAAUGAUAACGAUGGCGAUGUGAUGAUGACGAUGACAACGACGACGACGACGAUGAAGAUGAAGAUAAGGAUAAUAGUGAUGGCAAUGAUGAUGAUGAUGUUGAUGAUGAUGACGACGACGGCCAUGACGACGACGACGAUGAUGAUGAUGAUUAUACCUGGAUAGGUAAAACUGGUGGCUUUCCGUCCUAAACAACCUGAGAGACCAAAACCUACUGUUUACAUCCUUAAAGCAAGACAGCAAACAAUCCCGUCUCUUUUUUAUGGGACUCUCCCACGAGUCGCGACACUUCAAGAAGUGAGUAUUUUAUAGGUAGACACAUAGUAUCAUUGUGUAAUGCUGCGAUGCUCACGGUACGUCGCGCAAUAAAUUCGAUUUUCACCUUUUAAAACUGUGGUUUUUACAAAUUCGUGAUUUAGAAAGGACAAAUUGAAAAAGACGUCAUUUUGUCAUUGAUUAACCACUAUUUUGUUGUCAUGUUUCACGAUGAUUGUCAAUGUUAUAUUCACGCUAUUCACGCGCUGAAGCUGGCGCGACAGGCACUCUAUCAAAAACAUUCUAGAUGAUGAUUGGCUCGUAGGCCUUUCUUUCCGAUAACUUAAAGCUAAAGAUAGAAACAUAAAAGACUGUUGAGUGCGGAACGCCGCGAAGGUCAUUAGACUAUAUUUUGGAAAAACUUGACCUAGAAGAAGUUAUCACGUCUUCUCACACAUUCAACGCACUAAAAAUCUAGAAAAUGAAAGAACGGUAAAAAUAAAAACUAAAAGUCUUGAGAUAUAUUUCUCUCUUCGAGCAUCAAACAUUGAAGUAAGUUGAAAAGAGGUAGUGGAUCUUUAUCCAGUUUUAUUCAAUCCCUUAAGGGCAACAAGUUAAAAUCGGUUUGAAAUAUAUAUGUAUUGGCUCAAUGCAUGCAGCGGCUUUCCACCAACAGCUUUCUACCUUAAUGCAUGAAUGACUCCACUCCGGGUCAGUUCUGGGAAUCAUAAACCACAAAAAUAACAACAAGCCUCUCACAACAAGGCUCUUUGAUUGGUUAAUUCUCCUUUGAGAUUCCGAGAAAGGCUAAAUAUAGACGAUCACAAGACUUCAUUGUUCAGUAUGAACUGCUUCAAGGGUCACAGCUCACUUGUUGUUGACGACAUCAUGGACCUUACAACUUUGUUUUGCAAUCUUCGCGAAGAAGUGUCUUGUUCGGUGUGUUCGGACUUAUUUACGGAUCCUAAACAUCUCUCCUGUCUGCACAGUUUCUGCUUAAAGUGUUUGAAAAGAUGGCACGAAACGGGCGGCGGCGGAGACGCCAUUAGAUGUCCGAAGUGCCAAACCUUCAGCCAAGUUCCCGCCAGCGGUAGCCUGCGUAGCAUGGCGGUUUUGGUUGGGCGCGCUAAGUAAUAAAGGCGGGCGAGGGCAGAGAAACCGCGAGGAGAUUGGGGCGGAAGCAAUUUGAAAAACCGCCUGCACGGACGGGGGCUUUUUUGAGUCGGUCCGCACGCCAGUGUACGGAUCGUUCCGAUUGGUUCGGAAUGUUCGCCUGUCAAUCAAAUAUUUUGGUUAUCUCCCAUGGGUUUCCCAUGAGUUUCGAGGGACUGAACAAAUCAUCUCCGCAAAACAAAAUCAAAAUAUCAAAGAAGCGCUGACCGGAGCGUCGUCGAUCUUGAAUAUUUGACGGGAAAACAGGGCAAUUGUAUUGAAGCCUAAACAGGAAAUGGCCAUUUACAGUCUUCUUCAAAGGAGAGAUGUCAUGGAAAUUUUGUCAACAAGAUUUGGCAAGAGCAUGAUCUUUACUGUCUUUGCUAUGGCCAAAGAAGAAAUAUCCUCAUCGAAAACCUGUGUGAUCACAAUUUCACCUCUAAGAAGUACUAUCGACGACCAGAUAUCUGAAAUGUUGUCGCUGAGCUGUAAAGCAAUGGACCUUAUGACAGAAACAGUAAAUUUCAGUGCUUCGAGAAAGUUCACCUCAAUUUUCUCUAUUACUCGGUGUUAGAGACUAACGCACUCCAGCGCAAUAAAUCGAACGGUGUCCGCAAUUGUGGUCGAUGAAUCGCAUACGGUAGAAGAAAGACGCGCAGCGUAAUUCUCCAUACUUUUUUGCUUGGUGUAGGUUAAACUACAACUCAAAUCUGAAGAUCGCGCUAUACGUAAAAAUACAACAUCCUGCAAACAACACUUAAAAAGCCGGGUCCAGCGUCAAAACAUUCACGGACAAAGCAGUGACAAAGAAACUACAAACCAAGGCUCCUUGGUUUGUAGUUGUCCAGAUCCAGGCAUUUUAGUCGGAAAAGACCAAAGAAACUAAAAUAUUUAUUUAGCCGUAAUAAAAAGCUUUAGGCUUAAAGGGUGGUCAAAGAAAUUUAUAGUACUUUCCAACUGCAUCUGAGAUCAACAAAUUCUAAUUAGCGAAAAUAACAUUAACCACAGGAAAUAAUUACUCAAUACGGAUUAAACAAACCAACUCCAUGACCUCUAAAUAAAUGUAAGACUUACUGCAGCAAAAAUAAGAUCUACUCAGUCAAGUUUAGAACGCAGUGUAGUCACCUAUGCGCGAGAUAGCCACAAAGAAAAAAACCUGUGUUUGUUCAAGCAAACUCCAAUUCCGGCCAAGGUCACGUUUUACACUAUAUAACGAGCUUUUCUGUCGUGUUUAGGCUGUCAACACUUUAUUUCUGAUUGGCUGGAAAAACUGAAACCAAACAAGUUGUCAACAGGAUGUCAAAAUGAGUUGAAGGGGGCGGCAGUUGAAAAGGCCACGAAUCCGGGCAGGCGGUAUUUAAAAACCAAAGGAAGAAGUCACUUGAAAGAUUAACAGCGAAAAGAGGUGUGAUUCAGCAACAGAUAAAUGUUAUUGAAUCAUCAUUGGAAGAAGCUGAUUAA